AUUAUAGAAAAAAAUCAUUUUCAUUUUCUGUGUUUCAAUCAAAAUUCUGAAACCCAGAUUUCGGUUGGACAAAUUCAUCAAAAGAUGUAAUUUAGAGUAGUUAAAGUUCAAGUCUUUACAAUGUCUAAAAUAAUGAAGCCACGUAAAAGGGUUCCAAUGAAGGUCUGGUUAACUGCUCAAAGAUCAAUGGGUCUCCUUGUGGGCGGGAAUCACACAUCAUCCAGCUUCAUUUAUGUUUCCAGGCACCAUGUUCUUCAGCAAAGUAUGGGGCUCAUUUGGAUCCCUUCAAUGUAAGGAAGAUGGGAACUUGACAACCGGCGUGGUUAGAGCGCUAAUGGGAAAGAAACUGUUGAGUUACAGUGCAAAGGCUCUAUGUGUUGGUGAAGGCUCAGUAUCAGCUGUUAUGGCGUUGAGAGACUUGGGAUUCUCUACUGUUAAUGGGGUUUAUAGGCACCCCUUCUUCUCUAUCAAGCAUAAGAAGUUUGUUUAUGAACUUGAUUAUGAGGACAAUUCUUAUGAUUUGGUGUUAUCCAGGGAUUCAGAUAGGAUAUCUGUCCCUGCUCUUCUUGUGCUUGAGAUUGAACGUGUCCUUAGGCCUGGUGGAAUUGGGGCUAUACUUAUUGGUCUUAGUGGUUCAAACCCUGCUAGCUUGAUUAGGUCAGCUACCCCAGUUUCUUCUCUUUUGAAAGCUUCAGUUGUUAUUUAUGUUGAUCAUUUCAAUGAAUUCACAUUAGUUGUAUUCGAGAAAAAACUCGAAAACAUUUCUUACUUCGAGCAAUAUCAUCUCCCUGCUGAAUGCCCAUCUAUGACAAAGAACAAAGCUGUAUUGAAUCACAUAGAGCCUCUCAUGGGGAAGAAGCCAAUGGAGUUUGAGAAAAGAAUUGCUUAUUUGCCUAAGUUUGUUAAUGUAUCUACGAAGCAGUGUUUGAUCUAUAUCGAUAUCGGAGCCAGUGAGUACAUGAACUCCAAUGUUACAAGCUGGUUCUUUCCAUCUUAUCCUCUGGAUCACCAAGCCUUCGAUUUUUAUUUCGUCGAUCACAAUUCUUCGGUGAUGAAAUCCUAUGUCAAGAGGCCUGGUAUCAACUUUUAUUUAUUACCCGGGCCUUGCUGAAAAUCGAAUCACAUCGAGUUCAAUGAAUAAGGCUUCCAUAGAUUCUGAUAGGAUAGAUGAUUCAGAUCCAUUUGUUGAAGAUGAAGAGUUUGACUUCCAUCUCUGGUUCAAAGAUACUGUCCAAUAUGCAGAUUUUGUGGUUCUGAAGAUGAAUGCAGGUGCAGUGGAGUUGCAACUUAUAUCAGAUUUGUUCAAAAGUGGAAUCAUAUGCUUCAUUGAUGAGCUUUUUCUUCACUGCUCAGACUCGAUCGACAGCGGGGGAGCAGUGAAGGGAGGCUGUAUGGGUCUCUUCAAGUCCCUUAGAAGAGCUGGUGUUUAUGUGCAUCAAUGGUGGGGAGAUUAGACGGCCCAUUUUAAAUGUCGGACACUUGUUUAAGUCAUUAGUCAUAUAUGUACUGGUCUUGCUUCGCAGGCACCAUCGUUGUGGCGUCUAGUUGUUAUCAUUGUCGGGGUUAGUUUCUGCAUCUGGUAUGUGCAGAACAACUUAUGUUGCAGUUGUGGUUGAGCACUAUACUAAAGAAACAACCACUAUUAUCUCUAGUUUGCUAAUGUAAGUUCACGUAUCGUUAUGUUCUGAUCGUUC